AUGAUAAGUGAACAUUUAGUGAAAAGAGCCAACAGUCCUGACAACAGGAAAGCAUCCAGUGAGGACUUCUACUUCAGCCUGAGAGGGACGGUUUAUAAGGAAAUGAAGUCUGAGAAUGGUUCUCAUAAUUUAAAGACAAACAUACUGAAUGAUAGAAUAGGUUCCAGGGAUUUGACAAUGGCAAUCAUUUUCUUAUCACAGAUGACAGUUGGAAUCCUGGGCAAUUUCGCUCUUCUUCGCCAUUAUGUCUUCCAUUACCACAUGAAAGGGAGGCUGAGAUGCACAGAGUUGAUUCUCAUGCACCUGAUUAUAGCCAACUCCUUGGUGAUGCUCUCAAAAGGUGUCCCCAAGACAUUGGCAGCUUUUGAGGUGAAAGAUAUCUUCAAUGAGUUUGGAUGCAAGCUUCUCUUUUAUGUUCAGAGAGUGGGCAGGGGAAUGUCUAUUGGCAGCACCUGCCUCUUGAGUGUCUUCCAGACCAUCGUGAUCAGCCCCAUGAACUCCUGUUGGAAGGAUCUUAAAGUCAAAGCUCCAAAGUACAUUGGCUUGUCCAUUUCCCUCUUCUGGAUCAUAUAUCUAAUAGUAAAUCUUAUCAUUCCUAUGUAUGUGUUAUCUGUGUCAGGGAAACCGGGCAGCCAAAACAUCACAAAGAACAGGGAUUAUGGAUACUGUUCUACAUCUGACCAUGACACACUCUCAGAGUCACUAUAUGUAAUACUGAUAGUAUUCCCUGAAAUUUCACUUACUGGGUUGAUGAUUUGGGCCAGCAGCUCCAUGGUUUUCAUUCUGCACAGGCACAAACAGCAGGUCGAAUACAUUCACAGAGCUAACCAUUUCCCCAGAUCCUCUGUUGAGUCUAGAGCCACACAGAGCACACUGGCCAUGGUGAGCACCUUUGUGUCAUUUUACUUCCUCUCCUCCAUCUUUCAUGUUUGUAUUGCUUUUAAGGAUAAUCCCAGCUGGUUGCUGAUGAACACCAACAAACUAGUUUCUGAAUGCUUUCCAACUGUCAGUCCCUUUCUGAUCAUGAGACGAGACUCCACGGUAUCUAGGCUCUGUUUUCCCGGGAUAAAGAACAUAUUUCCUAGCAGAAAACUGUAG